GUUUCCGCUUGACUUUGAUGGCGAAACCAGCUGCAUAUGGUUGAAGCAACUUGUAUGUUUUGCGCGAAAGCAAACUGAUAUCGUUUGGGACUUGCGAACCACCAGUCGGAGCCUCUCCCAUCAGAUGUGGUUACUGUAUGUGACAUUUGAAGACUUACUGUGCGUUCGACACCCGAGCUUAUCUUGUCAUCUGCUGUCUACCCGGGUCAAUAUUGACGAUUUUCUGAUGCCCGCUCGUUUGAUUUCUAACACUACACCCAGCAAAACCUCCUUAAAACCUGAUCUCAAUUAUCGUGGAUUUCCUCGGACUAGGACAAAAAACGUUACAAGUGUAUCUUCACAGGAGAUCACCAUUGACGAGGACAAUAGUAAAUCUGAUUGGAACCACAUUCACGCGCUAACGGAAACAAUUGACAACGAUAGUUGUAACGAUAAAGACCGGGAAGACAAUAUUUCAACGUCUUAUCGGGCCUCAAAUAGACAGAGUCUUGAAAGGCGCGAUAGAGAUCUAAAUGGCAGAACAAUACACCAACCAAACUGUUCAGAUCAUUUAAACACUAUGGCCUUAAGUCGUGUACAGCAGUGUAACCGAGUACGCCAAACAAUGAGGGAUUAUGGUACUGACCAAGUCGCAAAAAAUAAACCCAAGUGUUUUAAAUAUCCUAAUGCUCGUCGAGAUAAAUCUAGCCCUUCAACUGACAUUUCCCCACACGGAUUUCAGCCUCGGACUAACGUUUCUGUCUCUAGGUCAAAUCAAAUCAGCUAUCCGGACAAUAGACGGACAACCCGUGCUAAUCCGGAUUUAGCCGUUACGGGUUCGUAUUCACCGUCUUCAGAUGGCUUGUUUGCAAAUAAUAACUUUGUGGGCAGUGAACAAAGACUAAAACAGCGUAAUUUAACUGAGAAAAACACGCCAUCUCAACCAAGACACUCCACUCAUGACCGAGCGAUGCAAGAAACAACUACCAGGGAGAACAGAACCCAUUGUUGGGUGGAGGAAGAAAAUAUUCGACCUCCCCCAAAAGAGAAGAGAAUUAUAGGAAGACAGGCUGAGAGAAUGUUGUUGAAAAAGAAAGAAGGACAAACUGUGAAAAGUUCAAAAGACGUUUCUAAUGUCCGGAGUACUGCUAUUAGACCAACGGAACUCUUCGCAUUGAGGAGCAGAAGUCCUGGAGAAUUGAAAAGAUCUGCUGGACCACCAACUCCUCGAAGUGAAUCUGCCAAUACACCGGACGGUUCCAGACGACCCAAAAAACUGUGUAAGUUUCAACCGAAGCAAGCGGAAGUCGCUCCGGUUGUGAGUCCGGACUCCGGAUUAGACCAUACGAUAUUGUCGGACUCCUUUGACCAUGUGUUGUCAAUUGAAUCACAGUUUGAUGAUCCUGUGCAACAAAACGAAAUAGUGCGUUCGAAUUCCACAGAUUCGUCACCCGUCACAAUAUCAAGCGGAUAUGAGAGUGACUCUAUUCAGAAUUGUGAGGCGGAAAUUGACAAAAUAUUUGUGAACAAUAAAUCAAGAAUGGGAAAUAUAACCAAUGUGUCGUCUGUUACGGCUUUCCCGAAUUCCUCGUUACAUGCAAGUGCGAUGGACCUUUCUUCAACAGUAUUCCAAACCGUCCCUUUUCACUAUGGUGCUGAAAACGCUUCCGAGAAAUUAAAUCAGUCUUUCGCCAGUUCAAUAUCACGAACCCCCGAAAAGCCGACCGGUGUGUUAGACCAUUCAUUUCAAAUUCCCGACAAAUCUUCAGUUAGGAAUAUUCGAGCGACAGACACCGACUUUCAUUCCUUGCCAAUCUUUCCUAGAAGUCAAACGGAACAAAGUGCUCCACGAUUUUCCCCUGUUCAGCGACAUAACCAUAAACUAACAAAGGUCGCGAGAUCUAUGUUUGAAAUCAUUAAUGAUUUACAAUUGGAGGAGAAAUCUCCGAAAAACAACAUUGAUAACAAAAAGAAGUGCAAGAAAGUCAAAAGGACAAACCCCGUUCAACCCGAAAAUGUUACAGUCAUUAAAAACAAUUUUCAAAAAGGAUCUACAGAUUCACUGAACGAAAACAGAUUGUGUAUUUCGGAGGAAUCUAUUAGUAGCAGGGACAAAGCAGACGCCUCUUCUAGCGUUAAUGCGAAAUCCGAUUGUGUCCCUGACCAUACCCCCAGCGUUAAAAGUGAGCCUAUUGUUAUUGAGAAUAAUAACGACCCUCAAUCAAAACGCCAAACAGAAACCUUGUUACCAUUGCCCUUUACAAUUGAAUGUCAAUCUCCCCAGAGUAGGAAUAAUAGCUCAAAUGGGGAGUCCUCGAGCCACCCGGUGUCUUCAAGUGUUUUCGUUUCGCGAGCACCUUGCACAGUAAACAAGGCGGUGAGUGAAGAUCCCGUUGCAAAAGGCUUGUCGACGCAGCAGGCGAGAACCAAUGACCUUUCACCUCCCGUCCAGCCUGGCACUUUAGUUGUCAAGUGUUUACGCAGGCCAUUAGGCACACACAGUUCCGAUUUUUCCCGCACAAACGACCUCCCACAUUCGUCUUCCGCAUGCUACUACGAAGAAUACGAAGGGUCUCCGAAUGUUCAUCCACCAACAUCUGUGCAUCAGCGGGUUCCACCUGCUGAUUUUUCGCAUUUCCAUUCUCAGACACCCCCAACAUCUGUGGUCAAUCACAAUGUACCAUAUCCGGACUCAGGAAGCUUGAUUAUAAUCGACAACGGGGUCACGCCGUAUGCUACUGCGCGUAUCCCGGGAUGUUGUACUCCAAAACGUGACGACAAACUGGAUGAUCACGUGUACGAGACGAUUCCAGGUGAUGAAUAUCUCUAUGAGGAACUUAUGCGCAUGCGUGCUAUGGGAUUACUUUCGAAACGGUUACGUAAAAUCCCUGAUAUGCCUGGACAUUUUAUACCAUACGAAGCCCCCGAACUUCCGGCCCGCAAUAUAAACAGUAAUACCCCUCGUCGAAACGACCAGUUUGUUGUUCUGAGAGAGGCCUGUCAGCAUCCCUCUGUUCUCAACUCCCCACCCCCUUGGCGACCUGUCGAACACGUUCGAAAUGGUUCUACGUCGUGGGAUGGAUACUCUUACCCAUACAACGAAGGGCCACCUAGAUACUUCACAAAAUGGACGCCAAGUGACCUUUUAAGUUAUGUUGAUGGAAUUCGACAGCCAGCCCCAAAGAGGAGAGAGAACUUUUACCUUUUGUUGAACAAUAAACAAAAGCGUGCAGAUUUUUCAGAAUCACUUGAAAUUGAGACUAAGCUCAAGAAUAUGGGACUACUUUGGGGAGAUCGAAGUCAAAACCAUGCCACGGACCAUUCUGAAAAACCGGCUCCUAUAGAAUUAUCCGGAGACUCGGGGCAAACCUUUCUACAAUCAACAUAUGUAUAAUUCAUAAUUAAUUAACAGAUCAUAACAAUCAUUUAUCUUGGUGCCAUAUAUGGGUCAACAAUUAAGUUCAAAGACAGUGCUAUUGUCAUGUUUAUAUGAUUAUUUAUUAUUAUUUUUCUUUUCUGUUAUUUUUGCUCUGCAAAGCCAUAGAUAGGCCAAUGAGGAAAAAUAAGAUUUAUAAUGUCACUGCCGUCUGACAAGCCGAUUCCUGUUAAUGCUAUAUAGUUCGUUUCAUGUAUGAUGACAUAAUGCAAUAUUUUUUUUUAUACUUUUGUAAUAAAGACGAUUGAAAUGUUA